AUGAUACAUCCUACACGCACCUGUGUGCGAUUAGCCUACGAACUACACAAAGCCAGCAGCCACAAUGCUUCGACAAGUCUCACCGACAGAGCGCCCCCAAUUCUGUUUCUACAUGGAUUUCUGGGAUCCAAGCGAGAGAAUCGCAGGAUGAGCAAGUCUGGAUGCCCCGCGAAGAAUGCCGACAUGGAGAGCUCGGAUCUACGGAAUCAUGGUAAUUCGGGUCAUCAUCCGCAACACACCUACGCGAACAUGGCACAUGAUGUUGAAUCGUUCAUACAUCAACAUAAGCUGGGGCAAGCCACGCUGAUUGGCCAUUCAAUGGGCGCAAAAACGGCCUUGACACUUGCCCUUCAAUCACCGAGCCUGAUCGCCCACGUCGUGGCAGUUGAUAAUGCGCCCAUCAAGCUGCCCGUGGGAACUGAGUUCUCGAAGUAUCUCCAGAGCAUGGUCCGAGUUGAGCAGGAAAAUGCCCGGACUCACGCAGAAGCAGACGAGAUUCUUCGGCAAUAUGAUUUGGAAACACCGGUCCGUCUGUGGCUAUUGAGCAACUUCGUUCAGGACCAGACUUCCCACUUGCUCAAGUCGCGGGUGCCCUUGGACAUCUUGCAAGAGGCCAUUGAUCCCCUUGGGGAUUUUCCAUACUGCCCAGGGAGUGCAAAGUAUCAGGGACCUUCUCUCUUUCUCCGCGCUCUCCGGAGUAGCUUCAUUCCCGAGGACUCUCUGCCUGAAAUACCGAAACUGUUCCGUCGCUCGGAGAUAGUGAAUAUAGAUUGCGGGCACUGGAUUGUUCAAGAGCGGCCUCAACAAUUUCAGGAAGGUAGGCUCUGCGUCUUUGGCGAGUCGUGA